AUGUAUAGAUACAUAGACAAUAUUGAAAGUUUGGAAAAUAAGCUUUCUGCUUCCAAUAUUUCAAGCCUUGAGAUGAAAUUAAAUUCACCUUUAAAUGAGGAAUUAUUUUCUUUAGUUUGUUCUGCUAUAAGAAAAUAAUCAAAUAUCUCAAACUUGAAACUACUCUUUAAUUGGUCUAAUUAAAUUAAUGAUGAAAAUAUAUCUCUUUUCAGUUCUGCUUUGGAAGCAUCUUCUUCACUUUAGUCUUUUAUUAUUAAAUUAAACUAAAGACCUUCAAAUUAAAUUCUUACAUCUCAAGGAAUAUCUAAAUUAAUGUCUUCAUUAGCUAAUUGUACUAAUCUUUCAAUUAUCAAACUAAAUUUGGAAUCAAUUUAAAUUGGAGCUUAAGGUUUUUAAGCUCUAUGUUCUGUAUUAUCUAAUUUUGAGAAACUCUAUAAUUUGUCACUUAAUUUAAAUUAUAUAAAAAUUGAUUCUGAAAGUGUAUCUGACUUAUGGUCUGAUUUAGCAAAAUGCAUUAAUAUCUAAACUUUAGAAUUACAUUUAAGUAAUAAUAAUCUUGAAAUUUAAGAUGCAAAAAGUUUAGGGUCUGCUUUAGUUAAUUUAGUUUAACUCUCGAAUUUAUCAGUUGAAAUCAUGAGUAAUAAUAUUGGCGAUGAAGGCGUAUCAGGAUUGUUCCUUAAUUUAGAAAAAUGCUCUAAAAUCUAAAAGUUAUCAUUAUCGCUUUGCAAUAAUUAAGUUGGAGCUAAGGGAGCAAUAGCUAUAGGUACUUCUUUAGGAAACUGUAUUAAUUUAACUGAUUUAACUCUAAGUUUUCGUGAAGAUAAAAUUAGUGAUGACACUCUACUUGGUUUAAUUAAUGCCUUAAAAAAUAAAACUAAACUCUCAAAUUUAAAUUUGAAUCUUGAAAAAGUUGGAGCUGCGUGUGUAAAAAAUUUACGUGAUUACUUAUCAACUUGCACAAAUUUAUCUACUUUGUAACUUGAUAUACGAUUUACUGAAAAUGGAUCAUUUAAUGCUGCUAAUUUAAUUUCAGGUCUAGAAAGCUUAAAUAAUUUAGAGACUUUAAAUAUUGAUUUUAUGUACGAGAAAGGAUAAAAAGGGGCAUCUAAUUUAGGUACUGCUUUAGCAAAUUGCACUUCUUAACUAAAUGUUCUAAAGCUCAAUCUUGGAGGAAACGAAUAUGCUGCAUCAGGUUUAACAUUUUUAGUUCCUGGCCUUGCUAAUUGCUCUAAAUUAUAAAAUUUAGAAUUAUCAUUAAAGGUAAACCAAAUUGGAGGUACUACAAGUAUAUGCUCUGCUUUAUAAAACUGCAUAAAUCUGAAAAAUUUGAUAUUAGAAUUAGACUAAAACAAGAUUGGAGAUGUAGGCUUAUCACGUUUGGGUCCUUCUCUCUCUAAGUGUGUUUAUCUAUAAACUUUGAUUUUGAAUUUAAGUGAGAAUUAAAUAGGAGAUAAAGGCCUCAAAACUUUAGUUUAAGACGUUUCUAAAUUCUAAAAUUUGACAUAUUUGAUUAUUCUUUUAUGUAAUUGUUUAGUUGGAAAUCAAAAGAUAAUAAAAAUGUGUGAUUAGAAGAUUUUAAAAAUGAAGAAACUAGUCUGUGGAUAUAUUGCAUACGAUUAUGAUUGA